GAUCUCGGAGCCCCAGAUUACCUAGGCUAUCUGUACAAAUCACUAGCCAGUCUACUGGAGCUCGCAAUCAUGGGAGGAACAUUGCUGUUUUGCACUGCCGAAGAAGCUAAGACUGCUAUAAAUUCAAUCCAAAGCAAAGGCAGACGGAUUUACCUUGUCGAAUCCCGGGAGUGUCCGAGUGACGAGUCAGGUUUCAAAACUGAGGUAGCCAAUGAAGGCGACGUCGAGUCUGCAUUCAUUAGUGCCUCGGAGAAAGACUGCCAGAAAUGGUAUUCGGAUCACGAAGCAACGGCUUUAUUUAUUGAGCCAAAUCACAUCGUGAUUGCGGAUGCGCGAACUGCCAAGGAUGGUACUGUUCUCUUGCAAUGGUACCGCGAGUCCGGCGAAGAAUGUUCACCGUAUGGUGUCCUUCCGCCAGAAUCCGAUACCUGGUGGGACUAUAGGAUUCUCCCUGAACACAUUCAGAAUGUUGUGGCUUGUCUGGAAUUCGUGGCUUCGGAUGUAUCUUUCCCCGUAUACAUUGGACGCAAAGAUGAGUUCACGGAUGAGAAUGGGGUAUUCGAUGCUGAAAAAGCAGACCAAGCGAUGGCGAAAGGUUCAUAA